CCUAAGAAACAAACAAAAGGAUAAGAAAGAAGAUUACGAAAUCAAAUCUCCACCAUACACACUUAACACAACAACACACCAUAACCUCCUUCAUCCUCCAAUUCUUCUUCUUCUUCACUUCCAUUUCAACAAUGAUACCAUUCCUUUCAGUUCUCAACACCUCGUCAACUACUCCGUUAACGUCCACGUCAUCACUCCCCUUCUUCUCUAACUGCAAAACCCGCCCUCACAAAACGACCCACCGUUUCCCCAUUUUCUCCUUCCCAAACAACGCUUCCCAACAAUUAGUUAAUUUUAACAACAAAGAAUUCCCGACUCAGUCACAGCCUAGGACUGUUUUUCCUGGAGGUUAUAAGCGUCCGGAAAUUAAGGUGCCCAGCAUUGUUCUCCAGGUUCAACCCGACGACGUUUUGGUAAACGGAAAUGCUUUGGAUUUUAUUGAUAAGGCGGUUUCUAAGGCGUUUGUUGGUAUUGUUGUACUCAACGGCGGUGCUGACGGCGGCGGAAAGACGCUGUAUGAAGCUGCUUGUUUGUUGAAGUCUGUUGUUAAAGACCGUGCUUAUUUGUUGAUUAAUGAGCGUGUUGAUAUUGCUUCUGCUGUUAAUGCUAGCGGCGUUCUUCUCUCCGAUCAGGGUCUGCCGUCUAUUGUGGCGCGAAACAUGAUGAUGGAUUCAAAAUCGGAAUCUGUAGUUCUCCCUUUAGUAGCUAGAAAUGUGCAGACUCCUGUGGCUGCUUUAAAUGCAUCUAAUUCUGAAGGUGCUGAUUUUCUUGUAUAUGCUCCUGAGCAGGAGGAGCAUUUUGAUGUUAAAUUGUACUCGGGAUUUGCGGAUGUGAAGAUACCCAUCUUUGUUUUCUACCCUUUGCGUAAAUCACCUGUGUCAGUUAUGGAGGCGUCGGAAUUGCUUCAAUCUGGCGCUGGUGGUUUAGUUAUGUCAUUGGAAGAAUUUAGGAUGUUUAAUGACGAGUCUUUGAGCAAAUUGUUUUACUCAACUGAGAAAAAAACAAAGAAUGAGAUUGAAAGUCUCAAUACACACAAAUCAUUAGAUGGAGGUAAUGAUGGGGAUAAGAGGGUGGCUGGCUUUGUUAAAGUGGACGAUAGAGAAAGACAGCUCAUAGAAAUUGAGAAAUCAAUACUUCUUCAAGCUAUUAGUACUAUUCAGAAAGCUGCUCCUCAGAUGGAGGAGGUAUCACUUCUAGUUGAUGCGGUUUCUCAAAUUGAUGAGCCAUUUUUACUGGCCAUAGUGGGUGAAUUCAAUUCUGGUAAAUCAACUGUUAUCAAUGCACUUCUUGGAGAAAGAUACCUCAAAGAGGGGGUUGUACCUACAACCAAUGAGAUUACUUUCUUACGAUAUACUGAGCAUAAAACUGAAGGUCCGCAACGUUGCGAAAGGCAUCCAGACGGUCAAUACAUAUGCUAUAUACCAGCUCCAAUUCUUAAGGAAAUGAAUGUUGUUGAUACACCUGGGACCAACGUCAUUCUUCAAAGACAGCAACGCCUUACCGAGGAAUUUGUGCCUCGUGCAGAUUUGCUUCUUUUUGUCAUUUCUUCUGACCGCCCUUUAACUGAAAGUGAGGUUGCUUUUCUUCGUUACACUCAGCAGUGGAAGAAGAAAGUUGUAUUCGUGUUAAAUAAAGCUGAUCUCUAUCAGAAUGCCAGUGAGCUUGAGGAAGCUAUAUCAUUCAUCAAGGAAAAUACAAGGAAGUUGCUGAACACUGAAAAUGUGACCCUGUAUCCAGUCUCUGCCCGGUUUGCUCUUGAAGCAAAACUGUCGGCCUCUUUUGACUCUACAAAAGAUUAUAAAGAAUCAAUAGUUUCAGAAUCUCAUUGGAAAAUCAGCAGUUUCUACGAUUUUGAGAAGUUUUUGUAUAGUUUCUUAGACGGCUCAACAGAAACAGGGAUGGAAAGAAUGAAGCUUAAACUCGAAACACCGAUUGCUAUUGCUGAUCGCAUACUUUCUUCUUGUGAAGCUUUUGUAAAACAAGAAAGGAAAUAUGCAGAGCAAGAUCUGGCCACUGUGACUGAAAUAGUUGACAGUGUGAAAGAGUACACAAAGAAGAUGGAAAAGGAGAGCAUCACUUGGAGGAAAAGGACUUCAUCACUGAUUGAAAUGACAAAAUCCCGCGUCCUGGGGCUUAUAGAAUCUAGUCUACAAAUAUCGAAUAUUGAUGUUGCCGCCUCAUAUAUAUUAAAAGGGGAGAAAUCUACCAUGACCUCAACUACCUACAGAGUUCAACACGAUAUUAUUGGUCCUGCAGUUUCAGAUGCAAAGAGACUGCUUGAAGAAUAUGCAUUGUGGAUAAACUCUAAGAGUGCUGAUGAAAGAAAGCUGUACAGAGAAUCUUUGGAGAAAAGAUGGUCUUCGAUCAUCAUUCCAAACGACGAACUGCUUUUUGUUACCAAUCGGUUACCAGAAAAAAUUGAUGACCUCGGCUUGAAAGUGAUAGAAAACUUCAGUACCAGUGCAGCUUCCAAGCUGUUUGAGCAAGAAAUACGUGAAGUGUACUUGGGAACUUUUGGAGGACUAGGAGCUGCUGGUUUAUCUGCCUCUCUCCUCACAUCUGUGCUACCGACCACUUUAGAAGAUCUUCUCGCUCUCGGUCUUUGUUCUGCUGGAGGGUUUAUCGUAAUUUCAAAUUUCCCGUCCCGCAAGCGAGGUAUGAUAGAUAAAGUAAGCAGGAUCGCUGAUGGUUUGAUGCGUGAAGUUGACGAAGCAAUGCAGAAGGAUCUCUCUGAAACGGUUGUAAAUUUAGAAAACUUUGUGAAAACUAUCAGCAAGCCGUAUCAAGAAGCAGCACAGCAAAGAGUAGACGAGCUGUCUAAAGUUCAAAAUGAAUUAUCAGAAGUCGAGGAAAAAAUAAGAACAUUGCGAGUCGAAAUACAAAAUCUUCAUGUAUCAUGAAUUUUUAUUAAUUUUAUCAGCGAAAAGGGGACAGCAUAUCAAGGGAGUAUAGUGAUUGUAAACUGUAACAAUGCAUCAUUAAGAACAUUACUUUAUGAAUGUGUUUGAUUUUCUGUACAAA